AUGGAAUCGAGUACCAAAGAUCAGCUAGAUGAUGAGCGCGUUGCUAUUUAUAAAGCCCUUCUUCGAGUUCCGCCAUCUUUUUGUAAGAAGCUGGGCUUAAUGCCCAAGAGAGGUGACUACGAAUGCGACUAUGAUAAUAAUGCUGAGCUGUCCAUUGCACGGAUAAGAAGCGAUUUCCUCGACGAUGAGCUUUACCGUGACCUGACCCUUGCUCGCAUCGAUAUGUUUGUUGAGAUUUUGCGACGACGGAGAAUGCGACACCUGGUCGCAGCAAAGCUAAACUUGCUGACUCAUGUUCUUCCAAAACUACUCCCCUCUAAGGCCACGAGCAGUAGCUAUGGCGAUAGUCAUGUACGCGCAAUGUCUGGCCAAUCGCAAUUAAGCGGUGGGAGCAGCAGACCAUCUCGCAGGUGUUUAAUUAGCCAGCGGCGAUUUGGGCAGAGGAUGUUACAGGCUACGCGCUUUGGUCAUAUCGGCGAAAGGUCUGGGAAACUUGGCGACCUGUCCACCGAAGAGACAGUCAAGCAACCACCGUCUAUAGAAUCGCUUCAAGAUUCUGGAGUUGCAUUUUCCGAGAGUUCUAUUCACUCAUUACCUUCCUUGGAUACACCAGGAACAGCCUCUGUCUCAAGUCCUACUGAGGAUGCGGCUACUUGCGAGGACAAUAGUAGAGAUGCGUCUUCGCCCACAACACUCACUAGAAUUUGGUCCUUCUCUCUUCCAAGUGUGGGCUCUAAUCCGCUUGAAGUUGUUUCUUCAGUCCACCCUUCUGAGGCGAGGUUGGACAUCCGUAUACUGUCGUCUGUGUACUAUUAUCCACCAUGUAUCUCCUUUUCACCUGAAUUCGUUGUUUGCUGCAGGAAUUUUGCGGAACCUCUAAAACCCCUUCUUCGUUUCCUCUCCCCAUCGGAAGCGAAUAUACUACUGCGCCAACUGCAUAGAGAACACGUGUUGCGUCAAGAAAUUGAACAAUUGCAGCAGCUCAAAAAAUCACAAGGAAUAUUUCUUAAAGGCACACAUCUUGCCGGAGAGAUACUUUCUACAACGGGCAAUGAUUCUGAUGGAUCUUCGCCUGAAGACACGACGCGGAGCUUGGCCUCGCGCACUGGUGCAGUGGGCAUGCUCUCGAGGCGUCGCCGAAGUAUUUUCUUUGGGGUGUCUAGGCGUAGCAAGCGUCGGGUCGACAGGCUCUCUACUCCCGUGGGAGUCGAACGGGAGCGUGGUGUCCGACGCGGCGGUGCCACUGCAUUUCCGACCGGAAACGGCGUCGCACCCAGACGACGUGGUCGCCCAUCAUUACACAACCAAGGAAAUAGGCAGCAGUCUCAACGCCAUCAGCUCAUUCAUAUGUGA